CAUCCGCAUUUUCCGCCUGCUCUCCUCCUCUACUUUUCCGGAUUGCUCAAGAAACUGGAUUCUGAAUUGAAGCAUGAGGUCUGUCAUUGGGCUGCAUAUUAUGAUGCCUUACGAGUAGAGCUAGAUCUGGAUCCGGUAUUGCCUGUGGUCUUGUUGAUGGGAGGUGGUGAAGGAAUCGGCCCGAUGAAGAAAACUGCAAAGGCUCUUGCAGAAUCUUUACUCGAUAAAGAAACUGGGAAACCGUUUGGACAAAUGGUAGUAAUAUGCGGUCGAAACAAAGCUUUAGCUUCUUCCCUCGAGUCUUUAGAGUGGAAGAUUCCUGUCAAGGUUAGAGGAUUUGAGACACAGAUGCAGAAAUGGAUGGGUGUUUGUGACUGCAUUAUAACCAAGGCGGGCAUGGGACGAUUGCUGAGGCGUUGAUCAGGGGGCUUCCAAUCAUCCUCAACGACUAUAUUACAGGACAAGAAAAAGGAAACGUCCCAUACGUGGUGGGCAAUGGGGCGGGUGUGUUCACCCGAAGCCCAAAAGAAACAGCCCAGAUAGUGGCUGGAUGGUUCAGCACCAACUCAGAUGAGCUCAAGAAAAUGUCUGAAAACAGCCUGAAGUUGGUUCAACCAGAGGCUGUGUUUGACAUCGUGAGAGACAUUCAUGACUUGGCGGGUCAACGUGGGCCCCUCGCUUACGUACCGUAUGUUUUAACAUCAUCGUUUACCAACUUAAUUUAGUAAGAUGUAUAUGUAAUUUGUAGAAUAUGCUUUGAUUACCUACCAUUUUUUGAGCUUGGGAAAAGCCUGUGUGGCAAAUUGUAAGUUAUGUGGUUAUGUAUUAAUUUAACUAGUUUUAUAAAUAGCGUCGCGUUGCGACGCGUUCAACCA